AUGACCAUGCGAGAUGCUGUUUUCGCUUCUUUCAUCCUUCCCGUCUUCUUGACCAUCGAAUGCACGAGAGGCAUUCUCUACGUUUCCGAUAACACGACUAGUGGCCCUCUGCGUUUCCUAGUCUUGGUGCUCAAUAUCCUCGCAUUCGGACCUCUCCGAGUGCUUCUGUCUUGGGUCUUGAUGACCGUAUGGCUGCCUGUGCGAGCUGUUCUUUGGCUCAUGGGCAUAGGAAGGGGAGGGCCUAAAAAAGGCUCGGCGGAAGCCACAGCUCGAUGGUAUGAGCACAGGAAGAGACGUGCGGAGGGAUUGGAAGAACAGACAAGGGGAAGAUUGGUCCGGAGGACUUGA